GGUUCCGGACUGGCCCGCGGAGGAGCGCGAGGAGGGGCGCGCACGGGAGGAGGAGGAGCGAGUGCCCCGCCGGCCGAGGUACAUUGAGCUGGACGUGUGUCCGCGAUGCUGCCCCACCCAGUGAUGUCCUUCCGGCGCCUGCUCUGUGCCGUGGCCUCCCACCGGCCCGCCCCCUUGAGAUGCGGAGGAAGGUGCCCCCUGCACACGGCCCCAGCCACCUGUUCUGACAGGAGUGCCCCUGUGUUCACCCGCGCCCUGGCCUUUGCAGACAGGAUUGCUCUCGUUGACCAGCAUGGCCACCACACGUACAAGGAUCUUUACUACCACAGCCUCCGCCUGUCCCAGGAGGUGUGCCAUCUCCUCAAGUGCACUGGCAGGGACCUCCAGGAGGAGAGGGUCUCCUUCAUGUGCUCCAACGAUGUCUCCUACGUGGUCGCACAGUGGGCCUCGUGGAUGAGCGGAGGCAUUGCUGUCCCCCUAUACAGGAAGCACCCCCAAGCUGAGCUGGAGUAUUUUAUCCGGGACUCCCGGAGCUCUGUGGUCCUUGCCGGCCAGGAGUACGUGGAGCUCCUGCGCCCACUGGUCAGGAAGCUGGGGGUCCCAUUGCUGCCUCUCCCGCCCACGGUCUACGGUGCGGCGACCGAGGAGCCUGGGGAGUGGGAGGUGUGGGAGCGGAACUGGAGAGACCGAGGCGCCAUGAUCAUCUACACCAGCGGGACCACAGGGAGGCCCAAGGGUGUCCUGAGCACUCACCACAACAUCAGGGCCAUGGUGACGGGGCUGGUCCACAAGUGGGCAUGGAGUAAAGACGAUGUGAUCCUCCACAUCCUCCCGCUUCACCACGUGCACGGCGUCGUCAACAAGCUGCUCUGUCCCCUCUGGGUGGGGGCCACCUGUGUGAUGCUCCCCGAGUUCAGCGCACAGCUGGUUUGGGAAAAGCUCUUAGGUUGUGAAACUCCACGGGUUAAUGUAUUUAUGGCAGUGCCUACAAUCUACGCCAAGCUGAUGGAUUAUUAUGACAGACAUUUCACCCAGCCUCAUGUCCAGGAUUUUGUCCGUGCAGUUUGUGAAGAGAAAAUUAGGUUGAUGGUUUCGGGAUCGGCUGCCCUGCCCCUGCCUGUGCUGGAGAAGUGGCAGGACAUCACAGGCCACACUCUGCUGGAGCGGUACGGGAUGACGGAGAUCGGCAUGGCCCUGUCCAACCCCCUGACCGCCACUCGCGUGCCAGGUUCUGUGGGGACCCCGCUGCCAGGCGUCGAGGUACGCAUUGUCUCAGAAAAUCCGAAGAAGGAGGGCUGCCCCUAUGUGCUCCACGCGGAAGGAAACGAAAAGGAGACGCAGGUGACCCCAGGGUUCAAGGAGAAGGAAGGGGAGCUCUUGGUCAGGGGGCCGUCUGUGUUCCGAGAAUACUGGGACAAACCAGAAGAAACGAAGCAUGCCUUCACCUGGGAUGGCUGGUUCAAGACAGGCGACACGGCUGUGUUUAAGGACGGCAGCUACUGGAUCCGGGGCCGCACGUCUGUGGACAUCAUCAAGAGUGGUGGCUACAAGGUCAGCGCCCUGGAGGUAGAGCGGAUGCUCCUGGCACACCCCAGCAUCACGGGGGCGUCCUGGCCCCGUAUGCUGUGCCCUCGGAGUUCCUGCUGGUGGAGGAGAUCCCACGGAACCAGAUGGGGAAGACCAACAAGAGGGACCUCGUCAGGCAGUUCUGCCCAGGCGACCAGGGUGCCCCGAGGCCAGGCACCAGUGAGCCGGCAUCUCUUUAAACUAGAACCCUACCUCAGAGGGAACCGAGCUGGGGCCGACAGAGGUGAGGUCCCAGGGCGAGACCUGCUCAGCCCCGGGCUGGCUUUCAGAUGGACCUCUGCUCCGUCCCCCCACCGCCACACCCACACUGGCGCCAUGCGGGCCCCACAGUGCCCACCAGUAUCCCCCAGGCAGCAGGUCUCCCAGCAAAAUUCAGUAAAGUCUCUGCAGAGAACACAAGCAUUGCCGUGGGGUCCGCGUGCCAGGCAAACAGCCCCAUAUGUGUACGCAUCACACAGCCUCGCAUCCACACACAUACAUGCUGGCUCCCUGAGGGCAUGACCCUUGGCUGGACAGCCCCAUGCCAUCCUGCACUCCACUCCCCAAGUAGAGCCAGGAACAGGUGCCCCGGGAGUUGGCCAUUGGCGGCUUGGUUAGCAGCCCGUUGGUGCCUUUGGUCCCCCUGGAGGGGCUCCUGCAGAGGCGUCAGCCGCCCUGAGGCUGAGCCUAUUGAAGGCAGUGGGCACAUCCAGGGUGCCUGGGGGUGCCUGCUGGGAGCAGAGGGGAGGCCGCGUGCAUGCCUGGUGCAUCCAGAUGGUGGAAGUCCACACCCACAUGUGCAGCCCCAGGGCAGCCUCGUUUCCACCUCAGUUUCCCUGUUCGUGUCAUGAGACUGGCCUUUCUGGCUCUGACCAAGGACUGAGGGCUUUGCUUCCUUGGGAGCCCAGUCCAUGGAGGUGGAGGCCCCAGCAUGGCCCCCACCCAAGACCUCCUGGCCCCCCCAGUUCCGCCACGGGCAGUGCCAGACAGCACUGAGGCUGAUGGUGGGACUGGGGCAGCCAAGGGUCAGCACAGGCCAGGCUGCCAUGCACCCACCGAUCACUUCCAUGUCCACUCUGGCAGGCACGCUGGCCUCAUGUCUAACACCCUAGUACCACGUCAACAGCACAGGGUCCCCGAUGGUCAGGGACUCACCCAGGCCCACAGCCAGCCCACGGCCCCUGGUGGCCAUGUUCGGAUUCUCUGUGUCUCCCCUCUGUGCCCUGGGCCUCCCCUGGAACCUUCCUCCCAGGAUGGACACCCGGCCAGGAGUCCUUGGUGCUGGGCCCUCAGUGUCAGGACAGAUGCCCCUUGUGUCGGGUGGGGGCUGAGUCCCCAUGAGGGCCCAGGGACUGGACUUUCCAGGUGUGUCUGUGCGCAGAGCCACCUGCCACCCUGGCCCCGGCCAACACAGGUGAGGCUGGGACACAUCCUCCCCUCGCAGCCCAGGGCGGGAGCCAGGUGCCCCCAAGGGAGGAAGUGGUGCGAGCGCUCCGGGGCCCGCUGAGGCCGGUGGUGCCAAGAACCAGGUCCUGGUGCGUGAAGCCUGGCGUUCCCGUCGGUGGAGGCGUGUUGGAGACAGACUGUGCUCCCGUUUGUUGGAGGAGAGCAUCUCCGUGGAAAACAGAGCAGGGUCUGACAGGUGGAAGCAGCUGACGUUGGGGGGCACGCACCACGCCCGCACCUACACCGUACUUGCAGUGCCCCCCAGCCCCUGGGCUGAGCAGGCCGGGUCAUAAGUUCCUUCGAGAACCCCUGGAAUCAGCUCAUGCUUUGAAACUCCAGCUCCUUUUCUGUUUUAUGUUGAGUUUCUACAUAAAAAGGUUUUUGAAAAAGA